AUGUCCAGCCCCGCCUGGCUCCCUGCUCGUGGUGGCCCUGCCUUCGCUCCAUCGCGGCCGGCUCCAGCCCGGCCGCUCCGCCUUGCUCCGCGCGCGCCAACUCCAACCGCUGCUCCGAGCCGGCUUCCCCCGCGCCUGCGCAUCUCCGAGCUGAAGCCCCGGCAACACCCUUUCUGCUCCGCGCCGUCCGCGCGGCCCGGCCUGCGCCUCCUCCGCGCCCGUUGCCGCCCGCGUCGGCUGCGCGGCCGCAUCCCGGCCCAGCCGCCUUCCACGACCCGCCCGCCGACUGCUCCACUCCGCGCCAGUGCCGGCUGCUCCGCCCCGCGUCCGUGGCCGCCUGCUGGCUUCGGCCUGCCGCCCGCGCCGGUCACGCUGCUAGCCGGCUUCCGGCCGAGUCCGCCUGUGCGCGCCGCCCCCGCCGGGUCCGCCUGUGGCUGCUGCUCCGCGGCCGUCUCCCGCGUCGCCCCCGCCGGGUGCUGCUGUCGCCGCCUGCUCCACAGCCGGUCGCCGACUGCCUCCCGCGUCGCCUGCAGCGCACUCCGCUCCGCCCUGGCCGUUGCCUCGCGCGCUCCUCCUCCGCAGCCGGUUUCCCCAACCGCCGAGUGCUGGGUUCCCUCUCGAGCCGCCUGCUACCCCAAGAAAGAAAAGAUCUGGCUGGGAAGAAAGGGCCAGGCCAAACCCAGCAAGAAAGCGAAGCUGAAUAAGCCGGUCGACGAUGUCAAUCCAUCUGAACCGGAGCAACAACAACUAGAACUCUCUCAUCCAAUUGCUGGAGAUAUUAUUGAUGACUCGCCACCUCAAGACCAUGAAGCCUCCAUAGACCAUAUGGAGGUUGAACCGGUGAUUUCUAAGCCGCCGAGCCCAGCUAAGCCCGCCGAAGAGAAAACUGACGAUGUUGUGGUCACUGGGUUCGGCUACACAGCACCGGGUAACCCCACCGUCUUAUCGAAGCACAGCGCCAAGGAAGAAAUUUCUGUUGAAGACAAAGGCAAGUGGAAUGUAGACUUGGAGAGCUACACCAAUUUCAGUGCCCAAUAUAUCCACUCUGGUUACUUGAACCGUCUGUACACCAGCCGUGACUUUGAAGCCGGCUUGGACAAUUUGAUGAAUGAACGCUAUGAGGGCGACGAGUAG